AUGGCAGCUUCCUGUCUCCUGCACACUGGGCAGAAGAUGCCCCUGAUUGGACUGGGCACCUGGAAGAGCAAUCCUGGCCAGGUAAAAGCAGCUGUGAAGCAUGCCCUGAGUGUGGGCUACCGCCACAUUGAUUGUGCUGCCAUCUACGGCAACGAGACUGAAAUCGGGGAAGCCUUGAAGGAGACUGUGGGGCCCGGCAAGGCGCUAUCCCGGGAGGAGCUGUUUGUGACUUCCAAGCUGUGGAACACUAAGCACCACCCCGAGGAUGUGGAGCCUGCCCUCCGGAAGACACUGGCCGACCUCCAGCUGGAGUAUUUGGACCUGUACCUGAUACACUGGCCUUAUGCCUUUGAGCGAGGAGAUGACCCUUUCCCUAAGAAUGCUGAUGGGACUGUCCGCUAUGACUUCAUUGACUACAAGGAGACCUGGAAGGCUCUGGAGGCACUGGUGGCUAAGGGGCUGGUGCGGGCGCUGGGCCUGUCCAACUUCAGCAGUCGGCAGAUUGAUGAUGUUCUCAGUGUGGCCUCUGUGCGCCCAGCUGUCCUGCAGGUGGAAUGCCACCCAUACCUGGCUCAGCACGAGCUGAUUGCUCACUGCCAAGCACGCGGCCUGGAGGUCACUGCUUACAGCCCUCUGGGCUCCUCUGAUCGUGCGUGGCGUGAUCCUAAGGAGCCUGUCCUGCUUGAGGAUCCAGUGGUCCUGGCACUGGCUAAAAAGUAUGGCCGGUCUCCAGCCCAGAUCUUGCUCAGGUGGCAGGUCCAACGAAAAGUGAUCUGCAUCCCUAAGAGUGUCACGCCUUCCCGUAUCCUUGAGAACAUCCAGGUUUUUGACUUCACCUUUACUCCAGAAGAGAUGAAGCAGCUGGAUGCCCUGAAUAAAAAUUGGCGAUACAUCGUGCCCAUGCUUACAGUGGAUGGGAAGAAGGUCCCAAGAGACGCGGGACACCCUCUGUACCCCUUUAAUGACCCGUACUGA